AUUUUCCCUGGCGGUCAACGAGAGUUUGCCGGCAUUUUCAGCUUCAGUCAGCUCCUUUUCUAAGGUGGCUUGUCGUUCAAGGCGGCUCAAAUCGAAAUGCGGAGGGGAUCUUGAACGUGGGUCACUGAACCAGGAGGCUGGGCCGGAUAUAUUUGGAGAGCCGGCAUAUCUCGGGAAGAAGAGCUAUCUGGCUAAAGGCAGACCGGUUCGGCGACGGAACCCAGGAGUAUAUCUUGGCUGUGGGACUUGAUCGUCGUGGAAGUGCACCUAGCCGGACAGGCCCGACAAUGCACCAUGGGCAGUCGACGCCCGGUUGCUGCUUGGCGCAUGGCCCGGCCCGGUUCACCAAGUUCCAGCGGCUCCCCCCUGAGAUCCGGAACAUGAUCUGGGAGUUUGCCCUGCCCGAGGCACGAGUAUACGAGGUCCUGGACGCGCCCAACGCUAAGUGGCAGACCCCGCCUCACGAAGGGCUGAUGUUCGCAGAUGUACACCCGGAGCCUCCGCCGGCAAUGGCAGCCGUGUGUCGAGAGAGCCGGUCCAUGUUUAUGCAUCACUACAAACCCCUGACAUUAGGAAAGACGACAAAAUACGUCGACCUGUCGCGGGAUGUCCUGCUCCUGGAAUCAUACCUCCUCAUCAAGCGGCUGCACCGGACUCUGCACUUUAUGAGUCAGAUCCCGCUAGUACGGGACAGAAUCACUCGGCUUGCCCUGGGAACGUCUUACGGCGUCUACCCAGGCAUCUACCACCCCAUGAUGGAUCGGAAGCCAUACAGGAACAACAUGGGCAAGCUGUUAGCAUGUCUGGCCAAAUUUCCGCGGCUCGAAACGCUCAUCUUUGUCAUCCACCAGGAAUAUCAUCUUGAGUCUGCCCUUCGCUUUCCGGGAACGCUGACCCCAAUGGCCCCGAUGCCUGCGCCAACAAACGCGGCACUAUAUUCGGCAUACGGAGUUGUGCCUGCAGCAACUCGCUGCCCGUCACCGCCCCUGAUCAAAGACGAAAUCAAGGCCGAGUCUUCUUCCCACUCAAUCCCCGCAUGCCCAACAACAGCAGCAGCAGCAGCAGCAAUUACAGAAACCUCACCAGCCGGCCAUCCCACGCCAGCUAGCAGCACCACCAGCUCACCCUUGCCACCGCCUCCGCUGCCGCUCCCGUUGGCACCAGCCCUCGAACGACAACCUCUGUCCCCUCCCUCCCCUCCCCAGCAUCUACCUCUCCAGCGGCAGCAACACCCGCGACGACACCAGCUGCACGCAACUCUCGUGCCUUUUUCAAAAUCUAUACCGUCAUCAUCACCAGCAGCGGCAGCAGUACCAUGCGCCAAGAUGGGUGCUGAAGAGUUUAUGUACUACAAUAUGAGGGGGCGCUGGGACGAGUUUGACGCGUACGAAGCCUACGUGGAACCAGAUUCCCCGUCAACUUCGGCGACGUUUGCGGAUGUGGCUGAGUAUCGCGGGCGUUUGGGUUUUGCGGGGCGGGGUCAUGAUGAGCAGAGUGGUAGUGGUCGUGGUGGGAAGAGCCCUGGGAAUGGUGGUUGCAAGUGGGGUUGCGCUGGCAACGGUGCUGGCAACCUGAGGGAUGAGUGGCGCGACCCGUGGCCGACCAACAACGACUGGAAGUGGUUCAGACGCCGGUGGGUGCGGGCGAUGAUCGCGGCGUGCUCGCAGGCUGCGGAUGCGGGUGCUCCAAGCUUUGGUCUGGACGGCACCCAGAUGCCUAGGUGGAAGCUGAGGGGAGCGAGCCUGCUCUGGAGAUAUACUCGGGACGUCGUAGACGGUUAGUGAAGUUUCGGACUGUGCUUUGUUUGUGGCCUGUAUCAUCAUCUCCAAUGGGAAGCGCUGCCCUUUAUUUACGGUGGGGGGCCAACAAGAACGGAGAAGGAG